AUGGAAUCUUCUUCGUCUUCUACACAUUUUGCCACAUGUUUUCUCACAGCACUUUCCAUUAGUUUCUGCAUAAUCUCCUCAACCUCAGCAGCCAGAGACCUUGCACCAAAAACCAACACUGAAUUCAUCAAAACAUCUUGCCGUGCAACAACCUACCCUAAACUCUGCCGCACCUCUCUCUCAAGCCAUGCAAGCACAAUCCAAACAAGUCCUAAGCUCAUGGCUGGUGCAGCCCUUAAUGUGACACUUUCCUCUGCCAAAUCCACCUCUGCCACGAUGCUAAAACUCUCCCAAAGCCAUGGCUUGAAGCCUAAAGAAGUUGGUGCAAUGAGAGACUGCCUCGAAGAGUUAAGUGACGCGGUGGACGAGCUCCAGAGUUCUAUAGCUGAGAUGGGUAACUUCAAAAGCUAUGAUUUUCAGCUCAUGAUAAGUGAUGUCCAAACUUGGGUUAGUGCUGCUUUGACAGAUGAGAACACAUGUUCUGAGGGGUUUGGUGGAAAUGGGAUGAAUGGGAAUUUGAAGACUGCUGUGAGAGGCCGGAUUGUAAAUAUAGCACAAUUGACUAGCAAUGCCUUGGCUUUGAUCAACCGAUACGCCUCUGUUCAUGGUUAA